AUGGCUGUGAACUGUAAAAUCACGUUAAAAUAUUAUAAAAAGAAAGAUUCGUCUACACUCGAGUCCAAUAAUUUAUUAGUUUCUCAAUCAUUUGAUUAUGCACAUGAACAAAUUCCUAUUCAAGAGGAUAAAUUCGAGGAUAGUAUGAAAACACAAGCGUAUUUGACAAAACAAAAAGGAGUUGAUUUGAAUGCUCUUUCUUCUGAUCCUGGAGAACGAUUAAAAAUUAACAGUUAUCAUCCAAAUGAUCGAGAUGAAGUUAGAAGGGCAUAUCUUCGAAAAGGCCCUUUUCAACCUUGUAGUCAUGAUUUUCAACAAAGAGAUAUUGGAGAACGUAAUGAUGAAGUGGGUAGAGUUGUAUUGCAUAAUGCUCCAAGAAAUCAAAAAAUGAUAGCUCCUUCAAUCCAAAAAGACAUUGUGCAUGCAGCUGCAAAAGAAACAACCAAAGCUAUUAUUGAUGAUCUCGAAGAUGAUUAUUUUACGAUUUUAGUUGAUGAAUGUCGCGAUGUUUCAUGCAAAGAACAAAUGACUUUGAGAUAUGUAGAUAAAGGAAUAUUUAUAGUGGAGAGGUUUAUCGGUCUCACCCAUGUUUCUGAUACUUCAGCCGCAUCACUUAAAGAUGCUGUCAGUUCUAUGCUUCCAGAACACAAACUAAGUCUCUCCAGAAUUCGAGGGCAAGGUUAUGAUGGUGCUAGUAACAUGCGAGGCGAGUUCAAUGGCUUGAAAAGUUUGAUUAUGAGAGAAACUGGAUCUGCAUAUUAUGUUUAUUAUUUUUCUCAUCAGUUACAAUUAGCACUUAUUUUUGUUGCAAAUAAUCAUUUUACAAUCAGUGAUUUCUUUGAUUUAAUGGCCCAUUUGUUAAUUGUGGUUGGAGUUUCUUGUAAGCGUCGAGAUAAGCUUUUGGAGGAUUUGAUCCAAGAAGUGAGUAUUAAAAGGUCUGGUGAUACUUGUUGGGGAUCUCAUUAUGCUUCACUUUUAAAUAUAAUGACUAUAUUUUCUUCAAUUAUCUAUGUACUUGAAGAUGUUGAAAGACAUGGCACCUAUCAAGAUCAAAAAGCAAAAGCACGUCGUCUCUUGGAGCUAUUAGAAUCAUUUGAUUUUAUUUUUAGUAUUUAA